UGGUGUUUUAGAACACAGAGCAAAGUGGGACUGUGAGUGUGUGACACAGCAAAAGAGGAAGGGAGAAGGCAGUCAGCCAAAAACAUUUCGAAUGAAGUACAAACGCAUAAUGGGAGCUACAACAUAAAAAAAAGGAAUACUUUUAGAUUUUAUGGGAGACCAGGAGAACAUUUGGAGAUGAAGAUCAGAUCAAAUCGGAUGACCAAUUUAUGCAGAAAUCCAGAUCAUGGAGAGUGUGAGCACGCCUGCCGUGUUCAACCUAUCAGAUCUAUCAGUGGAGAUGAACUCGUCGUCUCGCCAGUGGUCUUACUCGGAGUACAGCGAGGCUGUAGCGGUGCUACUAGGCAUCCUCAUGGCCCUCCUAGUGAUGGGCAUCGUCUUUGGCAACGUGCUGGUCAUCACCGCCAUCGUGCGCUUCCAGCGGCUGCAGACGGUCACCAACAUGUUCAUCACCUCUCUGGCCUGUGCUGACCUGGUCAUGGGCCUGCUGGUGGUGCCCUUCGGCGCCUGCUACAUCCUCCUCAACACCUGGCACUUUGGCAGCUUUCUCUGCGAGUUCUGGACAGCGGCGGAUGUCUUGUGUGUGACGGCCAGCAUUGAGACGCUGUGUGUGAUCGCACUGGACCGCUACCUGGCCAUCACGUCGCCGCUGCGUUACCCAUCCCUACUGACCAAGCGCAAGGCGUGCGUGGUGGUGGUGACGGUGUGGGGGGUGGCCGCCCUCAUCUCCUUCCUGCCCAUCCACAUGAAGUGGUGGGUGUCUGAUGAGCCCGAGGCGCUCAGCUGCCUGGAAGAUGCUCACUGCUGUGACUUCAACACCAACGCUGCCUACGCCGUAGCCUCCUCCGUCGUCUCUUUCUACAUACCCCUGGCGGUCAUGGCCUUUGUCUACGGACGCGUCUUCCAGGAGGCCAGGAAGCAGCUGGAGAAGAUCCGUGGCAGCGAGGGGCGCUUCCACGCCCAGAUGAUUGACAACAACCAGGGGCAGGAUGGUGGGGACGGGAGCGGCGGAGGAGGGGGGAACGGAAAGAGACCUAAGUUCUGUCUGAAGGAACACAAAGCCCUAAAGACGCUGGGAAUCAUCAUGGGCACCUUUACCCUCUGCUGGCUGCCCUUCUUUGUGCUCAAUGUGGUGGUGACCAUCUGGAAGGUGGACAACAUUAAAAUGCCUUUCAGGAUAUUGAACUGGAUAGGAUACGCCAACUCAGCGUUCAACCCCCUCAUAUACUGCAGGAGUCCUGAGUUCAGGUAUGCCUUCCAGGAGAUUCUGUGCCGGAGAGGGGCUGCUUUCCCCACCAAUGGAUACAUAUAUAGGGGUCACAGCUUGCGCCUAAGCCCCAAGGACAAGCCAGGCAGUCUUUCACAUAACGUUGGGACCGUGGAGCUGGGCUCUCUGUCUAGUGUCACCAACAUAAACGGGUAUUGCAAUAAUCCUCCUCUUGCCUCUAUUGUCUGAAGCACAGGGUGUUACAAUGAGACUUGUCUUUCUCGUUUUGUCAGACCCCUUAUGCAGACACGGGAUAGGAAAUGACAUGUGAAUCUAUUUCCAUAUUUAAAUGCAUUACUAUAAGAAUAUUAUUCUAGUAAUGUGUAGGUUAUUAAAUGUUUAAUACUUUUCCUCUUAAUAUUGAACAAAGUCUGCAAAAUACAUAGGAAGUCUACGGUUUGCGGAUGUGAUCAUGUGUGUGUGUGUGUGUGGUUUGUGGACAUGAGUAUGUGCACAUGUUAUGUUCUCUAGUGCUUACUCCUGUGUGCAAAUGAACACCACGGUUCAGGUACUAGGUUCAAGUUAAGUUCAGUUGCACAAACAUUUGUUAUAUUGUUCUAAGUUAAAAACAAAUUACCUCAUCAGCAUCAUUUUCGUUCAGCUCCUUAUCUUAGAGCUCCGAGAACAAAUAAUUAUAGUCUGUUUGUAUGUUGUAUGAAAAAUGAAUAAUGUUGUUAGUUGAACUGACUGUUCUUUACUGGCAGCGGGCUGAAUGAGAUGGAAAUGCCAGGGUAGGAGAGGUAGGAGAGAAUUAACAGGCAGAACAAGAGAUCAAAUCAGGGUUAACAGUGAUAUCUGUGACCCCCACUACUGGCUGUAGCCAGCUCUCUGUAUGUAACACAUUCCAUAUUGAUCUGGGUCUCUCCCAGAGCCAGCUCAGGGACUUCUGUCUGUGUGAUUCUGUACACUCCCUCUGCCAUGGUCCAGAAAUCCAACUCUCUGAUGAGGGACAGCAGGUGCACAUAAUCACACGCAGGCGCUAUUACCAGCUACACCACACACGUUGCCCCAUUCCUCCAACCACUCUUCAAUACCUCAACCUUCAC